AAGCACGACUACGAGGUAAAAAAAUCCAAGCGGAUCGCGAGAACGAAAGAGGCCAAAUCAGCAAAACCAAUGAAAAGAAAGGCGAUAGGAAAUACGGCGAAAAAAAAUAAUGAAGAAAAAGAUGCUCCUUCAUCGUCCUCUUUCGCGGACAGGCCCCACCUUGCUGUCAAAAUUCGAGAACUCUACGAGCUGUUCUCGCAAGCGGUCGCGAUAUUAUCUCCUUCGCUGAAGCUGCCCUGGGUCCUGGCGAAGGCCGGGGAGAGACAAUCCGUGCCGGAGAAGGAAAAACCGAUCGUGCUGUUUUUAUGCAUUGCAGAAUUAGUAUCGCACUAGUACCAGUCAUCUCGCGGGCUUGCGUCGUCAAAAAUUUGUUGGGGAAAAACAAAAAUGAAUUGGCCAUGAUCGAUGCAGCAAGAAAAUAAAAGGGUGCUGUUUCAUUUUCUUCUUUCUGAUUCUUCAUUGCAUUAUAUGCCACGCAACUACGGUUCAGAUGUACUAGCGCGAUCAUGCUUUUGAACCGGAUACCCUUACUAUCCCACGAAAAAACUGUUUCACUGUGAUGGUUUUGCAAGAUCUGCAUCACAAGUUUGUUACACAUGACAGAGAAAAUUUGCCAUGCGCGUUUUCCAAGGGAAAACACGCUUAAAAAGCCAUUGUGUUGCAGGUGUAGCAAGACAAACACUUUGGUGUUUCGUUCUCUGCAUCACAGGUUCACAGUGAAGCAGUUUUUUCUUGCGAUACUUACACGGAGUGCAGUUCCUCGGCGGGCGCGCCUUGGGACGAGCUAAACCAGUGGCGCGACUUAUCCUGAGUAAAAACAUCCCCACCCCAUAGUUGUCAUGCAGAUUUGCGACUACGGGAAGAUUUGUAAUGCGCAUCUCUAUGAGAGGCAUUUCCAAUCGCGUUUUGGAAUUUGUAAUGCUGUAAACAGGAUAAACAAAUGGAUUUGUGAUGCGGUUGUCCUUGCUAACAUGCACUACACUACGGACUGCAACUUCUCGUGCGUGGCUUCCAAAACUUGUGGAUUUGUCUUGCUAGGUUCCCAACUUGACUAUGGGGUGGGGACGUUUUUACAUAUGAUACGACUGGAAAAAUACGCUGCUGGAGCAGAAGCAGGAGUCAGCGAGUUUAGAG